AUGAUCGUGGCGGCGGCGGCGGACCGCAACAAGGAGCCGAUCCUGCGGGUGCUGCGGCAGUACGUGAGCCCCACCCAGCCGCGGGUGGAGGCGCUGGAGGUGGCCUCGGGCACCGGGCAGCACGCCGCCCACUUCGCCCAGGGCUUGCCCAACGUGGCCUGGCAGCCCUCGGAGGUGGACGCCAAGUGCAUGCAGAGCAUCUCGGCGUUCACCGCGGCGCUCAGCCUUCCGAAUGUCAAGCCGCCAAUCUUCCUGGAUUCUUCCCGGAGCUGGGAGACGUGGGGGCUGAGGCCUUGCUCUCUGGAUCUCCUCGUCAACAUCAACAUGAUUCACAUUUCGGACGUCAGCUGUACCGAGGGCUUAUUCAGAGGAGCUGGGAAGCUACUGAAGCAAAGCGCCGUGAUGGUCACAUAUGGGCCUUAUGCGGUCAAUGGAUGCGUCACCCCUCAGAGCAACGUGGACUUUGAUAGCUGCUUGCGGCAGAGAAACCCAACUUGGGGCCUCCGGGACGUGGCGUACCUGCAGCAACUUGCCGAGGUCAAUGGAAUGCACCUGGAGAGGAUGGUUGACAUGCCUGCAAACAACAAGUGCCUCGUGUUCCGUAAACUGUGA